AUGGAGGCUAUAAGUCGCUUCCAGCCUCACCCGGGACUGCAGCAGACCCUCAAGCAGUUCCACAUCAGCUCCAUGAGCUCCCUGGGCGGGCCGGCGGCCUUCUCCGCGCGCUGGCAGCACGAGCUCCUCUUCAAGAAGGACGGUAAGGAGCUGGAGCCCGUCCUGCAGCACCUGCCGCCGCCCGUCAUGCCCGGCCCGCUCUUCAUCCCGUCCGACCGCUCCACGGAGAGGUGCGAGACGGUCCUGGAGGGGGAGACCAUCUCCUGCUUCGUGGUCGGCGGGGAGAAGCGGCUGUGCCUCCCGCAGAUCCUGAACUCGGUGCUGCGGGACUUCAGCCUGCAGCAGAUCAACUCUGUGUGCGACGAGCUGCACGUGUACUGCUCGCGCUGCACGGCGGACCAGCUGGAGAUCCUCAAAGUCAUGGGGAUCCUGCCCUUCUCCGCGCCGUCCUGCGGCCUCAUCACCAAGACGGACUCGGAGCGGCUCUGCAACGCCCUGAUCCACGGCGGCGCCUUCCCGCCCCGCUGCAAGAAGGACCCGAACCCCGGGUCCCUGGACCUGCAGCGGACCGAGCGCAGCUUCAGGGUCUACCACGAGUGCUUCGGCAAGUGCAAGGGCUUGUUCGUGCCCGAGCUGUACACGAGCCCGAGCGCCGCGUGCAUCCAGUGCGCGGACUGCAGACUCAUGUACCCCACGCACAAGUUCGUGGUGCACGGCCACAAGGCGCAGGAGAACCGGACUUGCCACUGGGGGUUCGACUCGGCCAACUGGAGGGCGUACAUCCUCCUGGGUCAGGAUUACACGGGCGAGGAGGAGCGGUUCCGCCUGGAGCAGCUCCUGGACCAGCUCAAGGAGAAGUUCGACUUCUCCAACAAGUACAAGAGGAAAGCUUCGUCCAGGGCGUCUGAUCCCGUCCCUCUGAAGAAGUCCAAACAUGAAGACGUCCCGUCCCAGUCCCCGAUGAUGGACAAAGAGAAGCAGCACGACUGGCUCCAGUCCCUGUCCUCGUCCAAUAAGGGGAUUAACUGCAUUCAGGCCAGGCAGAGGCCCUCAGCGUUCAGACCCUGGUCCCCUCACAUCUCGGCCGGGGAUAAAGAACCGUCCACUCAUCCUCUGGCCCUCCUCAGAGACAGCUUCUACAACUACAAGAGCCUCGAGAACGCCGUGGCCCCCAACGUGGCCCUCACGCCGCUGCCCGUGGGGAAGGUGGGGCCCGUGUCCCCGACGGUGCCGAGCGUCUCCCACCCCAGCGGAGGUGAACCCCCAGGCGAGGGCGCCAACUCCAGGCCUCGCAAGAGGAGAGCUACAGAGGAGGCCCCGCCUCCAACGCCCGAGGUCGCCUGUCCUCCGUCCUUCGCCACCAGCAAACCACCGCCGCCUCAGGAGGACCGAGACUCUGAGGUGGAGAUCGAAGUGGAGAGCCGCGACGAAUUCACGUCGUCGCUGUCCUCCCUGUCGUCACCGUCCUUCGCCUCCUCCAGCAGCUCUGCCAAGGACCUGAGCUCGCCGGGCGUCCAGGGGCCCGUCUGCACAGCGGCGCCCGCCGAAUGCCCCGCCCCCGCGGCUCCGCCCAUCACGGCGACGCUGCCGGAGCUGGGGCUGGAGUCGGAGCUGGAGAGCCUGAGGCAGGCGCUGGACGGCGGGCUGGACUCCAAAGAGUCGAAGGAGAGGUUCCUGCACGAGAUCGUGAAGAUGAGGGUGAAGCAGGAGGAGAAGCUGGGCUCGGCCCUGCAGGCCAAACGCAGCCUGCAGCAGGAGUUGGAGUUUCUGCGGGUGGCGAAGAAGGAGAAGCUGCGGGAGGCGACGGAGGCGAAGCGUAACCUGAGGAAGGAGAUCGAACGCCUGAGAGCCGAGAGCGAGAAGAAGAUGAAGGAGGCGAACGAGUCCAGGAUCCGCCUGAAGAGGGAGCUGGAGCGGGCCCGGCAGCUGCGGGUCUGCGAUAAAGGCUGCGAGGCCGGCCGCCUCCGCGCCAAGUACUCGGCCCAGAUCGAGGACCUCCAGAUGAAACUGCAGCACGCUGAGGCCGACCGCGAGCAGCUCAGGGCCGACCUGGUGCACGAGCGGGAGGCCAGGGAGCACCUGGAGAGGGUGGUGAAGGAGCUACAGCAACAACUAUGGCCCAAAUCAAGCGGCAAAGACGGGACGUCCAGGAACAAGCCCAUCAACAACUAAAACCGGAGUCUGGUUCCAACAUCCGUCCCUCACACCUGCCCCCAAAACCAGAAAAACAACUCACUUUCUGCCCAAAGACAGACGGAAUAAAGACUCGUCUUUGUCCAGACUCAUAACCGGAAACAGCCACGAGAAAAUCUGUUUCCAGGCGAAGCACUGACUCGAAAACGACAAGAAGAAGGGCGGCCUCCGGUAAAGAGGCCUCCGGUAAAGAGGCCUCCGGUAAAGAGGCCUCCGGUAAAGAGGCGGGGUAUUUUUAAGACUUUAUAUAAGCUGUUCAAGAGACAAUAUAGUGAUAUGUACAGUUUAAAAUAAAAUCUUUACUUCUGUGUUAGUUUGAAAAUAAACGAGAUGAUGAACA